CGCUUCACGGCCCCGCAAUCCCAAUCUUGCCCUACCUUCUAGAAACGCUAACACAUCCAUUCUGCUCCGCAUUCUGGUCGAUGAGGUGGUGCUCUCUGAGCGCGAGGGUGAACACGCGCGACGCUGCUAAUGAAGCUUAUGUGUGUCCGCUUCACCGUCUGAGAAUGCCCGUGAACGAGGAGAGAAAGGUGGUCGCGAGAGCAACGACGAAUCGUACCCGACAACACCGAGUGGAAUGCGCGGCGGUAUGAAGAUCGGGGCGAAUCAAGUGUUGAGAGUACGUUCAGAGAUUAUGUAUACGAGGAUAUAGAGGGUGCAAGCGAAAGAUACGGACGCGAUGGCUGUGCCAGUCCAGGGCGUGAUGGGCUCGGGGGGACCCAACGAAGGAGAAGGCGGCUGCGACCCCGCGCUCGGAGGGUUGUUGAGUAGUGAAGACAUACCCGCCGAUGAGGACGCCACCGAAAGUCUGGGAGUGAUAUCAAUGGCACCGGCUUCGGAGAGGGUAUAUUUCGCAAAUGACUCUCGUGAAGGUCGCCCGGACACGACCGGCACAGCAAGCUUCGGAGGGAGAGAAGGGACACGUUUAGCGGUGAAUGCGAUAUGCCUCUCACAUCUGCUGUGCAGGUACGUCAGCACGAGUAUGCAAUAUGGAUCAGGAGGACGCAAAGGUCGCUGUUCAGUUCUGAGGUUCAGAACGUCCAACUGGUCGAUAGUGACAACAUGGAAGUUUUCUGCCUGUGAGAAGUCAGUUGACGAUUACGCUGCGUCUGACUCGCUAUGGACCUGGCAGAGCUGCUUGCUAGAUCGAGAUAUGGGAAUGAUCGCAACUCGACCGUGUCGCGUUUACCUGUCCGCAGUGUAUAGUAGGCAGAUGGGUUGUCGUCGACAUCGUCGAGGGGGACGGUCCCUGGGGAUGUCUGCAAGAGACCCAAAGUGAACAAGAGAAUGAAGCCAGAAAACGGCCCCACAGACACUGGGUGGACACUACACAGCGAGUGCCAGAGCU